AUGGACGAGAAAGUCGCCCCAGUUCCCGUGUUAGACGGGACAGAGGACACAAAAGCACCCUCCAUUGUCGCUUUUGAGGAAACUAGAGAGCGUUGGAACGGAACCCGCAUCAACACUUACCGCUUCUUCGUAACCUGUGGGAGCUUCAUCAUAAUGGGCAUGAACGACGCCGCUGUCGGUGCCCUGAUUCCUUAUAUCGAAACGUACUACGACAUCACGUACACCGUCGUCGCCCUACUCUUCCUUUCGCCAUUCAUUGGCUACCUGGUAGCAGCCCUAUCCAACAACCUCAUACAUCACAAGCUCGGUCAGCGAGGCGUUGCAGUGCUUGGCCCCAUCAGCCGCAUGAUCGGGUACAUCCCCCUCGUCACCCAUCCGCCUUACCCCGUCCUCCCCGUUGUCCUGCUAUUCGCCGGCUUCGGUAACGGCCUCGAAGACAGCGCCUGGAACGCCUGGGUAGGCAACAUGCAGAACGCCAACGAGCUGCUCGGAUUUCUUCACGGCGCAUAUGGCCUGGGCGCGACCAUCGGGCCCCUAGUCGCCUCGGCCAUGGUGACCAAGGGCAAGCUGCCGUGGUACUCCUUUUACUACGUCAUGAUUGGCGUUACCGCGGUGAACUUCGUGGCCGCUAUCACGGCGUUCUGGGGCGCAACGGGCAAGAUACACAGGGACACCCACCAGUCUUCGACGGGGGAGAAGAGAACGACGACUUUGACCGUGUUACGUCAACCACUCACUUGGCUUCUGGCCUUGUUUCUGCUGGGCUAUGUUGGAGCAGAAGUCAGCCUGGGCGGGUGGGUUGUUACAUUUAUGCUCCGCGUGAGGCAUGCUGAGCCCUUUCUGGCUGGCGUCACCGUGGUGCUGUUCUGGCUGGGACUGACGAUAGGUCGAGUCAUUUUGGGCUUCAUAACAGGGCGCAUAGGAGAGAAGCGCGCAAUCGCAAUCUAUCUCCUCAUCUCACUAGCACUCCAACUGCUCUACUGGCUCGUUCCCAACUUCGUCGCCUCCGUCAUCUUCAUCACAUUCCUCGGCUUCUUCCUCGGCCCCCUAUUCCCCGCCGUGAUCGUCACCGCGACCAAAUUGCUCCCCAGCGACUACCAUGUGGGCGUGAUUGGAUUUGCCGCUGCCUUUGGCGGCGGUGGUGCAGCAAUCUUUCCGUUCGCCAUCGGGGCUAUUGCCCAAAGCAAAGGCGUUCAGGUGCUACAGCCCAUCAUAUUGGCUCUUCUCGUAUUUCUCUUACUCUUGUGGCUGUGCGUUCCCGGCGGAUUCAAGAGGGGUGGGCUCGAGAGGGCAAGGGAGAAUAAUGAGGGUCUUGGUAGCGAUGUCAAGAGUCUAUUUUCGUCGAUCAAGCAAAAGCUACGAGGUUUAAGCUAG